AUGGAUAUCGACCCAGAAUUGAUUGAAAUUGAAGAUUCAUACAUCGAGGAUGACUUCGGGACUAAGCAAGAAGAGGAACAAUCCUACGAUGACUCUGAAGGAAUGCCAAAUUCAGUCAAUACAAACUUUGCUGGUGUGAUUCCAGGAAAUCCCGUAGGAUUUCAACAAAGAAAACAAACAUCUUUCGAUUUACCAUCUGAUGAUCCAUUAGGAUUUCAAAAAACAACUCCAGAUCAUGAAGAUAUUAAAUGGCUUCUCCAAACAAUUACCGAUUUAUGUCAUAAAGCUAAUGAGGACGAUCUUAUACCUAAAAUAACAGAUGAAUUACAAAACAGAAAUUUUUUAGAUUUACCUUUUGUUCCACCACGAGUUGAAUCUCCAUUCAAUCAAGCUUACCAGCACAUAAGUGACAUAGGCUCGGGAGGCUAUGGCAAAAUAAGUAAAGUGCUGAAUCUCAUUGAUGAACAAUACUACGCUCUGAAAGUUGUUAGAAUCUCAAAAGACGAAAUUUCGAGUGCUGUUAGAGAAGUACAGUGCUUGGCUGCAUUGAAUUCGCCAAGAAUUGUUAGAUAUUUUAGUUCUUGGCUAGAAUCGAAAGAUAAUGAAAAGGAAGCACUGUUAUACAUUCAAAUGCAGUAUGUCCCUGGUGUUACACUUAGCGAUUACCUGUUUCAAAAGAAAGAUAUGGAUGAUACAGAACGAAAGCUUAUUUUAUACCAAAUAACAUACGCUCUUUCUGAAAUUCACGCGCAAAACAUUAUUCAUCGUGAUUUUUCACCGAAUAAUAUCAUUGUUCGCGAUUACGGAAAAAUCACCGUAAUAGAUUUCGGAAUUGCAUCAAUAAAAGGCAAAAAAGACUACAGCAAGCAAAACGAACAUGCAAUUGCAAGCCAACCACGCGUUGGUUCCCUCACUUUACGUCCAAUUGAUAAAUUAAUCAUAAAAGAGGCCGGAAAAGCGAAUAGAACAGUCAAAGAGGUAGGUACUCCACUCUAUUCAUCACCGAGACAAUUAAGCGGCCAUCAUAGUGGUCCUUCUGAUGAUGUUUACAGCUUGGGAAUAAUCGCAUUCGAAAUUUACUCAAGAUUCACAACAUGGAUGGAGAAAACCUUAUCCAUUCGGAAUCUUAGAUCAUCACGUAAGAUUCCACCCGAGUUUUCUGCGAAAUACCCUGAAAUUUCUUCUUUAGUUGAAAGUUGCAUCUUCACGGAGUCAAAGCAGAGGCCAACAGUUCUGGAUAUACUCAACCUUCCGUUAUUCCAUGGCAUGAAAGAUGAAGAGUAG